GUCGCGCGACAGUGGUGCAGCGCGCAUUAACGCUUUGGUUCUCGCGGCGGAUGUACGUUGCCUGGUACCAAUUCGUCGCGUGUUCGCCGUAUAUCAUAGGAUUAACUCGUUGACGAUCACACGACGAUGACCGGCACCGGGAACGAGGAUUCCGCCGCAUUCAAUUCUAUAUCCGAUCCGGGAAAGGCCAACACCAGCACAGCCGGUCCAGUAGUUUUAUAUUCGACCGCGCUGGCAUGGCGAGCUCAGUUCCACCGCAGUCUCACGCGCGGCAGUAUCUCGGAAUCCUCGGACGAAGAGGAGAAUCUGUCCCAGUAUCAGUUCGAGGACGACCUCGAUUACCUCCGCUCGCUGGAUCCGAGGGACUGGAAGGAUCAGGAUCACUAUGCUGUUCUGGGCUUGAAGAAUCUCAGGCACAAGGCAACGGAGGAUCUUAUCAAGAGAGCUUACAAGCAAAAGAUCUUGAAACACCAUCCCGAUAAACGCAAGGCGAUGGGUGAGGAGAUUCGGCCGGAUGAUGACUAUUUCACGUGUAUAACACGAGCUUGGGAGAUUCUCGGCAACCAGGCGAAGAGACGGAGCUACGAUAGUGUGGAUCCGUAUUUUAACGAUAAUUUGCCGGAAGAGAAGGACUGCCGGCACAAUUUUUACGAAUUAUUGGGCAAAGCGUUCAAAGAGAACUCACGGUGGUCUGUGAAGAAACCCGUGCCGCAGUUAGGUGGCCCGUUCACACCGCGGGACAAGGUGGAGAAGUUCUACUCGUUCUGGUAUGACUUCGACUCGUGGCGCGAAUACUCAUACCUCGACGAGGAGGACAAGGAGAGCGGUCAAGACCGGGACAUGCGGAAGUGGAUCGAGAAAAAGAACAAAGUCACGAGAGCUAAACGAAAGAAAGAGGAGAUGACGCGGAUACGCACUCUAGUGGAUAUGGCUUAUAAUAUAGAUCCUAGAAUAAAGAAGUUCCAACAAGACGAUAAGGAUAAGAAGAAUGCCGCGAAGAGAGCGAAGCAAGAGGCAGCGAAAGCCAGGCAGCAAGAAGAAGAGAGAAUAGCCAAAGACGCGGCGGAAAAGGAGAGGCUGGAGAAGGAGAAGAGAGAGUCCGAGGAGAGAGCGAAAAUGGAGGCGCUGAAACAAGAGCGCGAGGCGCAGAAGAAGGCGUUACGUAAGGAGAGGAAGGCGCUCCGGGACUUCUGCAAGGUGAACAACUACUUCGCCAAGAGCCCGGCGGAGAACAUUCGGCACAUGGAGAGCGUGGAGAAGAUUUGCGAGCUGUUCAAGCUCGCACAGCUGGAGGAAGCUAUGAAGAAGCUGCACGUCGACGGCAGGAACGCUUUCCUUAGCAUCGUCGAGGAAACUGAGCGGCACAUCGAGGCGGAGCGUCGAGUGAACGUGAUGAAUAACGACGCUAGAAACACGCCCGAAAAGCAGACCAAGACAUGUACCGCGCCCUGGAGCGAGAACGAUCUGCAGCUUCUGAUCAAGGCUGUCAAUCUCUUCCCCGCCGGUACCAAUCAACGUUGGGAUGUGGUCGCCAACUUCAUCAAUCAGCAUAGCGGCUCCACCAGCGGGGUCACUCGCGAGGCUAAGGAGGUCUUGGCGAAGGCCAAAAGUCUGCAGUCGACUGACUUCAGCAAGUCGAGCCUGAAAGAACAAGCAAACAAGAAGGCUUUCGAUAACUUUAUCGCGGAGAAGAAAAGCAAAGAGGCGAUCGAGGAGAGAAUGCCAGCCGUCACAGAGCGCCUAGACCAUCCGAUCGCGAACGGUGUCGCCGCUGAGCCCAAGGAGCCGAAGAAAGAAUCAGCGCCGUGGACGCCGGCGGAACAGAAACUCCUGGAACAAGCACUGAAAACCUACUCUACUACGGUCCCGGAUAGAUGGGACCAGAUCUCAGCGUGUAUACCUACUAGGACGAAAAAGGAAUGUAUGAGGAGGUACAAGGAACUGGUGGAGUUGGUCAAGGCGAAGAAGGCGGCGCAGGUGAUGAAAUAAUAUUAGCUGCGCACUAAGUCGAAAUUUCCUCAUAAUUUAUUGAACUCUAGUUUACGAGCGAUUCCGAUUCGACGAUCGAUCGUUCCCCGAUGCAUAAACGAGGAUUAUAAUCGCAAAAUUCGUGACUGGGCGACUACCUUAGCUUCGAUUGAGUGCCAGUUCGCGCGCAUACCUGUGCCUUGCUACAGCCGACACGUGCAUCAGCUGCACGGAAUGCGGGAAAGGCCGACUACGUAUUCCGUUUUGCGGAUCCCACACGAUUCCGCGGGCACCACUCGGAAUUAUCACCAUGGCACCACCGUGUUAUAUUCCUGCGCGCUGUGCGAUGGAUGUACCUUUAAAACCGUGCUGCCGAUUAUUAACUUCCGUGCGAAGAAGCUUGCGACCUAGGAGGCAAUCUUUAGGGAUGUGUAACUUUCUUUUUGCAAGAUGGUUUCGUGUCCGACCUACACUUUGUGUACGUAUUGUAAGAUAGAGAGGAAAUGUUGCUGACGAACCAUGAGAAGAGAUGGGAAGAAAGAAAGAGAGAGAGAGGGAGGGAGAGAGAGAGAGAGAGAGAGAGAAAGAGAGAGAGAAAAGGAGAGAACUGUGGACUUUAUAAAUAAAGAAGACGAUUUUAAGAGAUGCUCCGGACCUGUUGAUGGAAAGUUCCCGCAAAUCCGUCCUCUGUGAGUACCAAAUCCUUUAUCUAUCCUUAUGAUAUUUCGAUGAAAUGUGAAAAAUUUAUCCCAGUAUAUCCGCUCACCUCUAUUUCAGAAAAUGUUCUGAAAUCCGUGAAAAUUAUUUUUAUCCUAUCCUAUGUAAUACCCGUAAAAAUGAUUUUUGUCCCUGCUAA